AUGGCCCCUGCGGCGCGGAAUGGGAAAGCCGAACGAAAAAUCAGCAAGCUGUACGGCAUCAUCAAGUUCGGAAAUGAUACCGUAGAGCUGGUGCCGACGAACUGGAUAAUUGAUGGAAGGAUCUGCCUUUGGCCCCCGAACCGGACAAACUCGCAGAUUAUGACCAUGGUCAAGGCGCUGACAGAACCGGGGGAAGAACAGCUACAGAAAAGAAAAAAAAACCUUCGUGACGCGGAGUACACCUCCCACUUGGACACAGAGACAAGUGAGGAUGAGGAGGAAGAAGCUGGAUUGAUCCAGCCAGCAAAAAAGAGAAUGCAGCUGCCACCGCCACCAAAAAGUGUCAUUGAAGUUCCAACACCUCCUUCAGCAGAAGGAUCUCAAGGUUCCUCAUGCAGUAGCCAGGAUACACCAUCUCCAGUGCACCGAUCCCAAGGUCGCUCAUGCAGCAGUAAGGAUGUGCCAUCCAUAGAUCACUUGCAAAGCCCUCGCGCCCGGUCACCAUACACGAGUCAUGGAAGCAGCCAGGAAGCUCGGUCUCCAGUGCAAUAUGGGCUGCCAAGGGUAACCAUUGCCAACAGUCAAGUGGGAGAAGGCGCAGACGUAGACCUGAGUGCGUUUAUGAAAAAGUCGCUCAGGCUGCUGCUUGAAAUCAAGGGAGACAUAAGGGACCUCACCCGGAGGGUGGCUGCGUUGGAGCAAGGCAGCGCCCCACCGUCAUCAGGAGACUCGACAGCGGACGUCGAUGACAUUCUGGAGAAGCCACUAUCCACUGUUGAACAGUGGGACAUCCUCGAGGACAAGCUACAGGACAGCGUUUUGCGAAAGAACCUGGUGGAUCGCCUUGCUGUACAUGGGGGCAGCACACUGAAUGAUGUCGUGCGCCUCAUCAUGGAGGCGUGCACAAGGAAGUCGCUUCAGCAGCUAAUGACUGUUGAGGGCGUAACGGAAAAAAGGCGUUUAAAGGCUCGCGCCUUUUUACUUGUGUCAUGA